AUGUCCGUCAUACUAGCGUCGGCGGGGUAUGACCAUACCAUAAGAUUUUGGGAUGCCCUCACUGGCGUCUGCUCAAGAACAAUCCAACACACUGACUCGCAAGUCAAUCGAUUGGAAAUCACUUCCGAUAAACGGUAUCUUGCAGCAGCAGGCAACUUGUACGUUAGAUUGUACGACAUACGGCAAGCUGGAGCCUCUGGAAACACAUCGGUUCAGAAUAACAACGCCGCGUCAAGCAGCAGCAGCAGCAACAACAACAACUCCAAUAACAACCCCGUAAUGACAUUUGAGGGACACAGUACCAAUGUAACCUCCCUAGCAUUUCAAGCGGAUAAUAAGUGGAUGGUAACUUCCAGCGAGGAUGGAACUGUUAAAGUCUGGGAUGUGCGGUCUCCUUCAGUGCAACGAAAUUACAAACACAACUGCCCUGUCAAUGAGGUAGUGAUACAUCCAAACCAAGGUGAAUUGAUUAGUUGUGACCAGGAUGGGAAUAUCCGCGUUUGGGAUCUUGGUGAAAAUCAAUGCACUCAUCACUUGAUCCCCGAGGAUGAUGUGCCCAUAAACUCACUAAGUGUUGCUAGUGAUGGAUCGAUGCUUGUUGCUGGAAACAACAAGGGAAACUGCUAUGUAUGGGGUAUGCUGAACCAAAAAGAUUUGACAUCAUUGACACCGGUAACAAAGUUUCGAUCGCACCUGAAGUACAUCACGCGAGUGUUGCUAAGCACUGACAUGAAACAUUUGGCAACUUGUUCUGCUGACCAUACGGCUAGAAUUUGGUCAACAGAACAGAAUUUUGCUUUGGAAACUACUCUACAGGGACAUCAGAGAUGGGUAUGGGAUUGUGCAUUCAGUGCCGAUAGUGCAUAUCUUGUCACUGCCUGUUCUGACCAUUACGUAAGAUUGUGGGACUUAUCCAAUAGCGAAACCGUAAGACAAUACAAUGGUCAUCACAAAGGGGCAGUUUGCGUAGCAUUAAAUGAUGUGUAA